UGGAACCUAGACAAGGCGCACUCUACCGCCCAUUAGACUUUGGAUUUGGAUCGAAUCUAAUGGCGACGCGAUAAGGAGGAGGCGGCGCACCGCAGCAGCGGAGGCAGCGUGGGGGCGUCGAUCGACACAUCUCGAGGUGCAAGCUCUCCUCCCUCCGUUUCCUUGGCUCUCCUUUCUCUUACCCACUCCUCCCAAGGGCAAAGCUUUGCUCCUCCCUCCCGCUCAGCCACCGCUGGCGUCUCCAUCCAUGGGCGCACUCGAUGCCGGAUGCUUCGAGGACGGGCUCCAAAACAGGAUCGGAUUGGAGGAGGAGGUGGAGGAUAUGGCGACGGCGGAGGCGGCGAAAGUAGUGGGAGGGUCGGAGAUGGAUUCCGAGUCCGAUGCCGAGUCUACGCGAUCGAUUGAGGACGCUGUGAGGGUGCUGCUGCAGGGCUUGGGAGAGGACCACGAAAGAGAGGGCCUUCGGAGGACGCCUCAUCGCGUCGCGAAGGCGUUCCGCGAUGGGACUCGAGGCUACAAAGAAAAGGUAAAGGACAUUGUGGAAGGUGCCUUAUUUCCUGAAGCUGGUUUUGAGACUGGAAUUGAUCAUGCGGAUGGAGCCAGUGGACUAGUAGUUGUUCGUGACAUCAACCUAUUCUCCCACUGCGAGUCUUGCUUGCUUCCGUUUAGCAUCAAGUGCCAUAUAGGUUAUGUACCAUCUCGAGGGCGGAUUGUGGGUCUAAGUAAGCUGUCACGAGUUGCAGAUGUAUUUGCAAAGAGGCUUCAGGAUCCACAGAGACUUGCAAAUGAAAUCUGUGUGGCAUUGCAUGACAGUGUCAAACCAGCUGGUGUUUCUGUUGCUCUUCAAUGUUGGCACAUUCAAUUUCCUGAAGAGCGUAAGUGUAAUUUCAAUACUAAUUCACCCAUAUCAGACUUGCAAGGUUGGGUUAAAGUGUUAGUUUCCUCAAGCUCAGGCAUUUUUAAGGAAGAGAAAAGCUCUUUCUUGGAUGACUUCUUUUCACUUCUGAGGUUAAGAGGUGUAGUCAUUGAAAAAGGCGAUACAACUCGUUCUCACGUGUCUCAUUGGUGUCCAUCAAGGUCACUGGAGAUACAUUUGUCCAAUGGGCAUUGUUUGCAAAUUUCCGAAAAUGAUAAGGCUUCUUCUAAGACAACAGCUCCACAGACUUCUAUGGUAGCGGCAGUAGCUUCAAUUCUCUGCUGUAUUGGUGAAGAUCCUUCGAGGAAAGAACUCUUGGGAACCCCAUCCCGUUAUGUGCAAUGGCUCCUGAAUUUUAAGAGUUCUAACUCAGAUUUUCAAUUGAAGGAUCACAGUGUAUGUAAUAUGAGUUCUUAUGGUGUCACACUCACAAAUGGAAAUGUCACCAGUACAAACGGGAUACAGUUGGCAUUAAACCUCCCUUUCUGCUCACAAUGUGAGCACCAUCUCUUACCAUUUCAUGGUGUUGUACACAUUGGAUACAUGAGCAAACAAGAAGGUAUAGAUGUUGAGCGAUCAGCUUUGCUGACAAUGGUUCAUUUCUUUGCUUGCAAGCUUCAAGUGCAGGAGAGAUUAACUAGACAGAUUGCAGAAGCAGCUUAUUCCAUCUUCAGCAAUGGAGUAAUGGUUGUUGUAGAAGCUUACCACAACUGCAUGAUAUCAAGAGGGAUUGAGAAAGUAGGGAGCAACACAGCUACUAUUGCUGUUUUGGGGCAAUUUUCUAGUGAUCCAAAAACCAAGAGUUUAUUUUUCCAGGCAAUUGCAAAAAAUGUUGAUUCUGGGACUUGAUGAUGAUCAUGGAUUUCAUUUCAAUCAAAUAAUCAUUAUGUUGCAAAUGUUAAAUUUUUACACUGAAGAUAAAACAUAGCAGGAAUAGUUCCUCGCUGGGGCUAAAGCUGAGUUGCCCAGAAAGCCUUUAAUAUUCUGAAAGCCAACAAAGUCUUAUUUUCUAAAGAAUAAUGCACAUCAAACUGGAGAAAAGUUGUGUACGAGAAAAGUUGUGAACAACAGAUGAAGAACAUAAAAAAAUUUUAAACAUUUUUUCCUCGUCUAUUAUGUAUUCAUGAUUUAUCCAACAGUUUUGCUUGUGGAAGCCAUUUUUUACAGGCAUUGGCCGACAAUUUUAGCCAUACUCAAUUUCUGUACCCAAAAAUUGUGUUAUUCUGUAAAUUGGUUAUUAUUGUAUUCCAGCUGGUUAGAACUGGUUCAUUAUAACCUUGAUCUUCUUUUCUCUCA